UGCGAAAUCUCGCUUGAUCUCGGGAGGAAGGCAACCUUGGGCGCAUCGAAGACCUGCUGGCAUCCCGGCUGGCGAGCUCAGCUGACGCGGGGCAGGCAGCGCCCCCCUCCCCCCAACAAAAGGUGCGCCAGAAAACGACGAGUAGUCAUCAGAAGGCAGCUGAAAACUGAGCAGCCCCUCUGCCUCAAGGUUCUGAGGUUGGAGGUUCAAAUCUCAACCCCAACCUUCAAGUGUGGAGUUUACAUGUUCUCCCUGUGCUUGCAUAGGUUUUCACCAGGUGAGGUGGCCACAUGGAGCGGAGGUGAGAAUUUCAUCCGUGGAUGCGUCCUGCACGGCAACAUGAUAAGCGCCGGCUCCGUUAUCGCUGCCGCCUAUGGUGAGAGAGGACCUUGACUGUUGCCAUGGUGACCCUGUAGCAAGAGCUCUGUAACUAAGAUCUGUUGCCUUGGUGACCCUAUAAAAGAGCCAAGUAACUAUUUCAAUCUGUUGCCAUGGUGAUCCAAUAACGAGGCUCUUCAAAGUAAAAGGAGAUCGCUAUCGAUCAUCCUGUAGCAGGGAAAGCACAUCUGGCACACCGCAUUCUCAGGAUGGGAACAAACAGGAUGUUUCACAUUUUUGUCGUCCUGGGCUCCGCCUUCAUGAUUCUUCUGAUCAUCCUGUACUGGGAGGAAGUUGGAGCAUCUCAUCAGUUUUUGCUCACCCCUGUCUCACCGGGGCCCAAGAUUCCAAAUCCUGACCAACAGCAGCAACAACCGCAGCAGCCUCAGACCACCCGAACCCCGUCCUUCCUCUCUGACAUCGAUGCCUUUGUCAACCAGUUCUUAGAGCCUGGGACUGGCGAACCCACAGACCCUGUGCCAGCUGAAACAAGUAACCAAUCAGAGAAGGCGGAAGAGCGAUAUAUACCGAGGCAGGAGUGGAAGAUUCAUUUGACUCCAGUGGCAGCUGAGCUCCGCCAGAGACAGGAGAACCGGCAGAAGUUACUUAAGGAUCUCUGUGCUAAUGACAGCCUGGCAUUUCCUGGAAAAAACCGUUCAUUUGACGACAUUCCCAACAAGGAGCUGGAUCAUCUGAUAGUUGAUGACAGGCAUGGUAUUAUCUACUGCUACGUUCCGAAGGUGGCGUGCAGUAACUGGAAGCGGAUCAUGAUCGUUCUCAGUGAGAGCCUGCUCCAUGAUGGCGUUCCGCAAAGAGACCCUAUGGCCAUCCCCAGGGAGCUUGCUCACAACAGCAGCAUGCACUUCACCUUCAACAAGUUCUGGAAGCGCUACGGCAAGUUUGCAAGGCAUCUUAUGAAGGUCAAGCUUAAGAAGUACACAAAGUUCCUUUUUGUGCGGGACCCCUUUGUGCGUCUCAUAUCUGCCUACCGGGAUAAAUUUGAGCUGCCCAACGAGGACUUCUACCGCCGCUUUGCUCGGGUCAUGCUGCGGCGCUACGCCAACCAGCCGACGCCCCCCGACUCCGUGGACGAGGCGUUUGCUACGGGAGUCCACCCAUCCUCCUCUCAUUUCAUCCAGUAUCUCCUGGACCCUCAGACGGAGAAGGAAAGUACCUUUAAUGAGCACUGGCGGCAGGUGUACCGCCUUUGUCAUCCGUGCCAGAUCCAGUAUGACUUUGUGGGCCACUUGGAAACGGCCGAGGAAGAUGCUGAGCAUUUACUACGCCUGCUGCGCGUGGAUAAUGUGGUGGAGUUUCCCACCUCGCACAGAAACCUGACGACCGGCGACUGGGAAUCGGACUGGUUCAACAUGGUGCCCCUGGAGGUGCGGAGGGAACUUUAUAAACUGUAUGAACCCGACUUCAGGCUUUUUGGUUACAAUAGACCAGACUCCAUCCUCAAUGAGUGACUCUCACACUUGACAAGAUUAAAGAUGUUUAGAAUUUAAAGUCUAAGUAAAGUGAAAACAAAUGUCUUCUAAAUUCAACACACCACAGAAAAGGGGGUUGUUAACCAUAAUGCCAAAUUUUAAUUUUAGCCACGGCCACACAAAAAAAACCCUGAAAAACUAAAAUGGUGAAAAAAAUGUUUUCGCUAAAUCUCCACAAUUCAGUGCUAUGGACAGUAGUUCUCAGUUUUUGCACAUUUUCAGCAAUUAUUUUCAAACAUGUAUUAUGUAUUUAGAAACAAAUCUUUGAAUUCACUUUGUUUUACUCUGAUUAAGUUUUACUCUGAUUGAGGAUAUCAUUUGGGUCUCUCUGCUAUGGAAGCACACAAAUUAGUCAGCUAAAUCAUCGGUGAAUGGACAAUUCAUUGAAUAUUUUACAAUCACACAAAGCACACAGAUGAGUGUGAGCCAGUUAAGAUUAGCAGAAGGUGUCUGCGCCGUUUUGCACCUUCUGUAAGUUCCCACGUCAAGCGUGUUACAUUUCCAGCUCUGAUGUCUCGUCUGAUUGGCCGCUCACAGUUACCAUGUGACUUACUCGUGCAGGCUUUGUAGCAGGAGGCUGCCAGUUGGCCAGUCAAGACACAUUUUUAAUGCUGCUGCACUACAGUGGUAGUUUUACACUUAUUUAUUUCAUAUUGUACAAUGUUUUCAUUGAAAGCACGAAUGGUAUUAAUUGGUGAUGGAACAACCAAGCAAUCUUUUGAGCUCACAUUAAGUAGGGCAAUAUCACGAUCCAUUUUAUAAGCGUUCAGCUUGGAGACUUUAUUUAAAUGCGACGUAAUGCGAUGUAGUCAUUUCUGGCAUUUUGCAGUUUGCUUGUUUCGGCCACUUUUCAAGCAUGAUAUAAUCUGCAUUGUAGCAUCAUCAAAAGUGCAACAGCUCUAGUGAAAACCUGAAAAUUUGAUUAGUAGGAUUUGUCUUGGCUUGUUUUUGAGGCUUAAACUGGACUUUCAACAUUCUUAGUUACUGGUAGUACUUGUCACCUCAGCCCUGUUGUUGUCACACGUGUGUUUACAGUUCACGUGGUGGUGGUGUCAACCCUGAAGGCUGCAACCAAACCUACAGUUGGAACGCCUCAGAGUUGGUAUUUCUAAAGGCUUGAGCAUGUAUUUGAAGCAUCCCGGAUGAUAUGAGUGGGAAACAAGAUAGUGCCUUUGGUUGCAAAUGUUUACACAGCAAAAAAAAAAAAAAAAGUUAUUUUUCUAAAGGGAAUUCUUAGAGUGAGCAGAAUGCAGUUGCAGAUGUGUGAUGCCACACAUCUGUUUGGUAUUCUGGGCCUCGUCUGUCUUUUCAUGACCCCGAUAUGAGUCAGUGGAAAGUUUCAGCAGAGAUGUCUAAUUGUCUUGGACCUUGUGUGACGAUUCGGUCUGUUCCUUCAUAGUGGAUCGUUAUGUGCAACUCAUUAUCUUCAGACAGGAUUACUGUGUGUGUUUUGUACUAUUGAUGGUGUCAUGAACACACUGUAUUCCACUUUAUCCUCAGAUGUCAUAAGACGUCGCACACACCGCCUUUCUUUUCAAAUGCAGUCUAAGCUAUUUUUAAGGGAUGUUGUUUCAGUUUUCUUGUCUCUUACAGUGCACAGUGUGUGGUUAUCCCCAAUGCAUUUUUAUUGAAGAUGACAUUAAAAAAAAAAAAUUAACACUGUAGCUUGUCAAUUGCUCACAAGAUGUCACU